CUGUUUGUUGUUCGAGAAAAAGAGAGAAAGGAAAGCGCGAGAAGACGCCACCACAGCUACCAGCCCAGCUGUGCCAGGGCCGCGAGGAGACCAGCCGCCCGACUUCCCCCGGUCGCCGCCACGUCCUCGGAUUUGUUCCAACACUGUUAAAACAUGGUGGAUUACUAUGAAGUUCUGGGCGUGCAGAGACAUGCCUCACCCGAGGACAUUAAAAAGGCGUAUCGGAAACAGGCACUUAAAUGGCACCCAGACAAAAAUCCUGAAAAUAAAGAAGAAGCAGAGCGGAAAUUCAAACAAGUAGCCGAGGCAUAUGAAGUAUUAUCGGAUGCAAAAAAGCGGGACAUCUAUGACAGAUACGGCAAAGAAGGAUUAAAUGGUGGUGGAGGAGGAGGUGGAAGUCACUUUGACAGUCCAUUUGAGUUUGGCUUCACGUUCCGGAAUCCAGAUGAUGUCUUCAGGGAAUUUUUUGGAGGAAGGGACCCAUUUUCAUUUGACUUCUUUGAAGACCCAUUUGAUGACUUUUUGGGGAACCGAAGAGGUCACCGAGGAAGUAGAAACCGAGGUACUGGCUCGUUUUUCUCUGCCUUCGGUGGAUUUCCUGCGUUCGGUGGAUUUCCUGCUUUUGAUACAGGCUUCUCUUCGUUUGGGUCAAUAGGUCAUGGGGGUCUUACUUCAUUCUCUUCAGCGUCAUAUGGUGGCAGUGGAAUGGGCAACUUCAAAUCAAUAUCAACUUCAACUAAGAUUAUUAACGGCAAAAAAAUCACUACAAAGAGAAUUGUGGAGAAUGGUCAAGAAAGAGUAGAAGUUGAAGAAGAUGGACAGUUAAAGUCCUUGACAAUAAAUGGUAAGGAGCACCUGCUACGCUUGGAUAACAAGUAAUUCAACGCACGCAUUUAACUGAAAUGUUAAACCAUAACAAGCACCAUUUGAGGAAUAACAGGAACUUUUUUUUUUUUUAAGAUUUCAAACGAACUCAACUUUCUGUGUAACUGUACCUAAUCUAAAGUAUUUAUAAAACAGCUCAUCAAAGCCCCUAUUUGUCAUAGAUUUCUGAGUUUGUUGUUGGGAACCACAAAAUAGGACCUUUUUUUUUUUUUUUUUUUUUUGUCUUUAAAAUUGUUGUAAUCUCUGUAUGCACUUUGAUUUAAACAAAACGUAAUCUGAGGUGAGCCCUGUGACUCUUGAGUAGUGCUAGGACAAGACUGUUUUUCACACCAGCAUGGAUCUGCUUCCCAUUGUGUUGAAAUGUGAGUGCGUAGUGUCAGCCUGCUGUGAUGGUAACAUUGCCAGAUGAAUCUUCUACAGAAAUAUUUCAAUUUUAUUUUCAGUAUUUAGUGACGAAAGCUAUUACUGCAUCAAUGGUAAUACAUUUCUGGUUUAGUGUAAAUUAAGGAUGUUUUCUAGUUGUGCAUGGAUGCUGGCAACUUUGUCAGUUCUGACAAUUGUUUAAAUAUGUAAUGUUAAGCUUAGGUUUAAAAAAGCUGGUUAAUUUGGGUCUUUUGUCAUUUGCUUAAAAAAAAAAGAAAAUAAAUGCGAAUGUGUUUGGUGCAUUCUUUCAUGA